AUGCGCGCAUUGCACUCAUCAGUAACUGCGGCACAAUUGGGAGCUAUUUUGAUCAUGACUGCUAUACGAUCCUGUGCACACAUCCAGAGAAAGAGCGACAAUGAUACCAAGGAGCCAGAUGAUGUAGAGGGACAUGAGCUAGACUGGCUCGCAAAGCACUUGAAGGGCUGUGAGAUAUGGGUGGUUAUUUCAGGGCCCGAAAUAUCCCCGAUUCCUCUCAAAGAUAACGAGAACUCUGGAGUAUCCAUACCAGAAAACCAUCCUUCAAAUAUCGGAACAGAAGUCAUGGCCAUCCGAACCAGUCUUGCAGAGUUAUCCAAAAACUGGAAAUUAGAAGACAGAGUCCAUGUUCGCAACCUCGAGAAAGCGAUAGAGGCAGCAAUGAACACUAUUUACCUUCAUAUGGUGAAGGAAGUAGAGAAGAGCCAGUCGCAAAGAUCAAAGGUGAAGAUGACUAUCGAGAGAGAGAGAGACCAGAAUAACAAGUGGAAGCCAUGGAGAGUUAAGGGAGGAGAGCCUGAAGCUAUCCUCUGUCUUUGGAUAUCUUCUCUUACGGAGGAAUCCAGGGAAAGAGCUAGGAAUGGAUUAGAUCCACGCUCAAAUGUUCGUUGUUUAUCCCUCGCAUCUUUCGAAUGUACGAUCGACUAUAAAAUAUGGGCCUACCGCGGGACAAAUCCGGUGCAGCAACCGUGCUCGUCUGAUCAUGAUAAAAUCAGAUACUUUGGUCGGGCGAGUGGCGAAGGAGAUUUUUGGUGUGUCGAUGCUGGAUCGGAUCUCAAAACACUUUGUGUUCAGGAGUUAUACGCGGCAUUCAUGUUUGCGGUGGUGGAAGUUAUCAAGGGAGUUGGUGGAACAACCACGCAGCGCACCAUUACUAGUGAACCCAACAAUGGGUCAGAGGUUGAUGAGGAAGGCGACCUCUGGAAUAAAUGUGGCUUGACAAACACGGGCGUAGAUUUACUCGCAUCCAGCUUUGAUGAAUCUUAUCUUGGUUCAAUUGAAGAGGCCUACAUGAUUAUCAUUCCUGCGUUACGCGCCGUCAGAAGAUUGCUUUCCGUUCACGAUGUUCACGAACAGCUGAGAAGCGUGGCAACCUUUUUAGAGAUCCCUGAUAGACCGGCUAUCGUGGCCGGCAUAAAUCGGCGUCGUUUAAGACGAACUACAAGGAUUUUGAGGCUAUCUUUUAGUGCGGAGUCGACAGAAGAGUGGAAUUCGGCUUUCGUGGAAUUUCGAGAUGACAUGGAUCGCACUUUUGUUCGGGCAGAAGGUCUGGUGAACCUAUGCAUUAGUCAAAAAAAGCUCAAUCCCACAAUGGAUUUCAGCGAGAUAUUCCAAGUCACAUUUACGGCUUUGAAGGAUUGGAAAAUUCAUCAGAAAUCUGGAUCCUGGAUAAUCUUGCAAUUUGCUUGGUUUGUGCUACAUAAAGGAAAGGAAGAAGAGGCUGGAGAGCUUGCAAGGCAAAUAUGGGAUCAAAAUGUCUCAGCUCGUGACACGAUAUCACAUAAAUUAAAAUUUGAAGCAGCACAAAUUGUAAUAAUCGUCCGUCGGAAGAAUGGGACUUUUAUGCAUAAGGAUCAACUGGGUUCAUAUCUUCAACGUCAGAACUCGGGACUACAUCUUGAUCAAAUGCGUCGCAAAACUCUCAGUACAGAUUCCCUGGAGGACGACCAAGUACCUCUUGAUCUUAUGCUAAUACACCAGUGGAGGACUCCGAUACAGGCGGCAGCAGGUGCUGCCUGUGGCUGCCUGUUUACAGGGGCAGGGCGACAGUUUGAAUAUGCUGGAAAAAUCAUAAAUGAUAUUCGGGGGCGAUCUUGUGGCAUGUUAAAUGGCGGUUUGGCUGGAGAGAAGGCAAACGUCAACGCCCCGGCAGGAAGCAACAACGGACGCACAGCACUGCGGGCGGCAACCGAAGAAGGUCACAAGAAAAUAGUAGAAUUGCUAGAAAAAGAGUUAGAAAGGAUUCGUAUCCAAGAGGAAGGGGGUCAACGCAAUACCGCAACCGCAGGAGACCUGGAACCUAUCGAAGAUGACCUAAAAGAAGACGAACCGGGUUAUGAGCUUUUUGAUUGGUGA